AUGGCGAACCCCCCCAACAAGUACGUAGACGUGCGUCCCAACUCUGGUCGUCUCAUAGACGCUGAGAACAAUGCUGCGCUUGAGCAAAGGGAAGACGUCCCUCCUGUCGAGCAGCAAACCGGCAUAGCCACAGCUCCCGCACUGAAUAGCGACCACUUGUCGCGACAUGAGCCGACGCAUCACGGUAGCACUGCAGUUCAUGGUAACGCAGGCGAGGGUGCCAGCCAUGAUCCUCCACCAACCCGCGAAGAACACUCUAUUUCCCGCCGAGACAUCAAGGAGUACAUAGCUCUGGUAAAGAAAGAUAUUGAUAUCAAGAACUACCACGAUUUCUUGAAAAGCAAGGUGGUGCCUGGUUCCUGGAUGUACCAGAUCGGACCGGACGACAAGAUCCUCGGAUAUGGAAGUCUCAACUUGACACAGGAGGCAAAGAAAGAAGUAGAGGAUCACGAAGACACUUCCGGUAUGACGGAAGAGCUUCCCGUGGUAUCUCUCCGGGCUCUCCCGGCUGAGCAGUCACUCGAUGCAGUGUACAAGCGGUCAGAGGCGAUCGACAGAAGAGAGAAGCUCGUUUCCAGAGCUUUGACAUGGAAGAAACAGGAAAACGCCGAUGACGCUCUGCUGAUGGAUAGUCUGUAUCCGGGGGGUUCACUCAGCCAGGCCACCGAUUUUGUGUACCCCGAGAAUCCUGGCAGGGAUGUAUAUGUAUAUUUGAUAGACAUGGGCGUCCAGAUCAAAGUCAAGAAUCGUGACGAUGAGUUAGAGUUCAAGACAGAUAACGACCUCGUACUCCAAUCCAGAUCAUCUAUCGAAAACCACCAAAGUCCAGAUUCGGAUGACAAUGUUGACAAGCCAUCGCACGGGACUUAUGUCGCGUCAAAAGCCGUGGGCAAGAAGUAUGGGCUUGCAAAAGAGGCGAAUCUUGUGUCAUCAAAAAUGUACCCCAAAUCUGGCGACUGGGAAAACAUCAUGUAUUUGAUUCUGAGAGACAUCAACAGUCACCCAGGCCGUGCUUCGCGGAGCGUGGUGACCACAUCAAUUGCCAUCGGCUUAGGCGGAAUCACACCUGAGGCAGCUAAGAACGACAAACAGAAGCAAGAACUGUACGGAGAUGAUCUCCGUACACUGUCCAAACUUGGGGUACCUUUUGUCGCAGCCGCAGGCAACGCAGCCAAGCAGCCGAACCGAAAAGAUGUCGACCAAAUUCCAAUGGUUCUUCAGGAUGAUGACAUCCCUCUCAUCAUCGUCGGCGGUUGCGACGAUGAAGGUAAUCGAGCCGACUUCUCGCAAGCCGGUCCACUUGUCAGUAUCUAUGCGCUGGGUGAUCGAGUUGAUUGCCAAUCAAAGGUGGACAAGGAGCGGACAGUUCCAAGUGGCUCUUCGUUAGCUGCACCUCAGGUCGCGGGCCUCAUUGCUACAUACCUGUCCUACUCGACCAAACCUUGGGACGACAGCAAGACUGGUGUGGAGCGCGUCAAGGCUAUUCGUGAUUAUGUUACCAGUGACGAUUCGAGCUGGGCGAGGGGUUCUGACAGCAACAUCCGUGUCAUCUGGAACGGGGCGACAAAGGCCGACCAUGGGGACGAUGACGAUGACGAUGACGAUGAAAGCCCGAACGACUCGAGUCCAACUUCACCGAGCCCUGUGCCUUCGGCAACACCGUCUCGCAAGAACAAAGCGCUUUCUAUCAUUUACCAAAACUACAUCGAUGACAUCUCGAACGAAAACACCUGGUUGUUCUUCAAUAGCGAUUACGGCGAGUCCUCCGAAUGUCGUCUUGACACGCAAGCCAUGAAAACUGUACCAGCAGAAGGCAAUGUCGAUAACCCACCUUGGCCUGCUGGUACGUACGAACUGGGCAACCUCAUCGACAGCAGUAGUUGCGACUAUCUCAACGAUGGAACCAAUCCUGGAUCUCUUUGGUGCCAAGAUUGGGAUGCACCACCUACAAAGCAAGGCGAACCCGCCUUGCCCAAGGACCGAGAGAUCAAGUGUAAAGCGGAGGAGGCAGCCAUGGAGGAAGCUGAGGAGACGACUAUCUACGAGUUUGCGCUGCUUCAAAAGUGA